GGCAGGGAUUAACACUUGAAUAAAGAGGAUUCUUCGGUCCGCAGCCAAAUGUGUUCAAAAGUAUUGUUUGGAAGAUGUAAGCAGACAUCUUAAGGAGGAUUGCACCUAUUUUUAAUCAAAACAAAAGAUUACUCAGCUUUUGUUUUUUUCUCAGAUGUGCUAAGAGUAGAUCUCAACAUGCUUGGAACAAACAAAAUGUCCCUGUGGGUCAUGACGGGCCUCUCAGCUAUCACCACCAUCUUCUUUAACCUCUACAUCUUCUUGAUGAGCCUGCACAACUACAAGCAGAAGAAGCAGUGGAGCCCCAGCGAGACCAUCAUCGUAGCUCUGUCGCUGGCUAACAUCACUCACCAGGUCAUCUGCUACUUCUGGAUGACCAUGGACGAGGUGGACUUCGAGUGUCACAUCGCUCAGAUGCCCUACACCAUCAUGGUGGUGCUCAUCUUCAGCUUUAAGUUCACCAUCAUGUGGGACAGCAGCUUCCUGACGUUCUACUACAGCACCAAGCUGGUGAGCACACCCAACCGUUGCUACACCAGCGUCCAAGCCACCAUCAUCAAGCAUGUGACACCUGCUGUGUUCGCCAUCCUUCUGUGCGGCCUAGGAACCUGCAUGCCCAUGCUGGUUGUGUUCCAUCCUGCUAAUGACACCUCAGAAGAUAAGGACUGCGGUGUGUUGAUGCCUGACACAAAACCCGGACAUAUUUACGAGGUUCUCUAUCUGAUCCUUUCUGAUGUGCUGCCAGGGAUGUUCAUGAUUAAAUGCUGUAUCUCCAUCUCCGUGCACCUGGCCGUCCAUCUUCGCCACAUGAAGGCCAGCACCAAUGGAGCACACGCCCCAAAGCUGGGCACUCAAAUGAGAGUCAUCCAAAUGGCUCUGUCCCUGGUGGCGGUCUUCCUCAUCUUCCUCGUAGUCGACCUCUAUGUUAACUAUCAGAUAGCGGUUCAUCACGAAAACGCCAUCACGCUCACGUUCUUCUUCACAUCGGUGUACACCACAGUCAGCGCCAUGGUGCUGAUCUAUGGGAAAAAAAGUCUGUGGAAGGUUCUGCUCCAUGAAAGCAACGUUUGUAUGGAUGCUUAUCCUUGUUUGACAUGUCUGAAGAUGCCUGAGGAGAAAGUCAACAGCAGCAGCAGCGCCCCUGCAAGGAUCAAGAACUGAAUAUGCUGAUUAAGCAACAUCACUGGUGACCUCCUGCUUGGCAUAUAGUGGACCCGAAUAUAAGUCUUUGUUAGUUUGUUUGAAAUUAUACUACUAAUUCUUACACAUUUAACGUACUAGAUUUGACCAGAGUACAGUCAAAAUAUUAGAAGAAAGUUGUAAUACAGAAACAGAAAUUGUCACCUUAUGGGAAAAAAUGUCACAAUUGUAAUGUUGUGAAAAACAAAAACAAUAAAGAUUGGAAAAAAGCCCUACGAUUAAGUUAUGAGGAAAAGACUGUCAUAUAUAAGUCAUAAUAUUCUGACGGGGAAAACCCUUACUUUUAGAAGUAUGAGGUUAAAAUAUGAAAGACAUGUUAUUUUCUAGGCCUGCACGGUGUGUGAGUGGUUAGUGUGCAGACCUCACAGUUAGGAGACCUGAGUUCAUUCCCAGGCUCGGUUAUCUCUGUGUGGAGUUUGCAUGUUCUCCCCGUGCAUGCGUGUUUUUUUUUCCAGGUAUUCCAGUUUCCUCCCACAUUCCAAAAACAUGU